AUGGACGGGGAGGAAGAAAGGGCCUUGAGGGAAUCGUCGAAAAGCAUGAAGACAACCGUCCAGAUCAUACAGGAAAAGAUAGACCAGCAGAAUCUGAUAUACGAGUCCAUCGAGGCCGAGACCACAAGAAACGACAGGAUCCUGUUCCUGAACAUCCGCAAAUUCGAAGAGGCAAUCAAGAGAAUGAAUAGUGACCCGAGGAAUAAGAUAAUAUUUAUGUUGCUUUUAGUGAUUGUGGGGUGUAGUGCAUAUCUGUUUCUAUGA